AUGGCCUCUGCUGCUGCUAUGCCGCCUGCCCAACGCUCGAUCGACGACGAAGAUGAGAGCGUCCGGAUCGCAGUUCGCGCUCUGGGUGACAUGCGCUCUCGCGCGCUUGCAUCUCAAGCUCAAUCUGUCCCCUCAUCCUCCAUCAGCCCUACACCUGCGCUUUCCGUGACUUCUGGCUCGGUCAUGACUUCGCCAGGACUUCCGUCACCUGCAACGCUCGCACCCGAGGACCUGGCUGCAGCAGGUCUUACGGAGCAGGAUAUCAAUACCGCUGAUCUAGUCUCCCGCUUGGGACACCUUCCGAUCGUCAAUACUGCUUUGCGCGCUUACGAACAGAGCAAGGCUAGUUCGCGAGUUGUCAAGUAUGGCGCGGAAAUGAUGGAGUCGAGUGUGCGGACGAUCUCGCGGCCAGUCAUCAAUCGACUACCCGUAGACCAGCUCGACGAGUUCGCCAGAAGGCAAUUGGAUAGGUUCGGUUAUGGCUCGCCAAAUGGCGCUGGUGGAAGGCGGCCGUCGUUCAUGGCGGAAGAGGAGCGGGGAAGGGGUGAAGAUCGCGCUGAGGGGAGCAGUACUGGGUGGCAGGGGACGCGCGAUGUCUCGAUGCGCCGCAACUCGGUUGAACGGGGGGAAGGGUCCGCGUUGGCAGAUUCGCCUACCUCUGAUUCGAGGCAUCCAGAUCGAGUAGCCUCGCCCAUGGUGGAAGAACGGACCACAAGUCCCGAGCGUCAGCAGCAAGUCGUGCAGCGCAGUCGUUGGCAGGCUAUCGUUUCGGAAGCUGGUGGCAUCAGUGCUGCCGUGAGCGAAGAGAGCAUGCGCCGGUUGAAAUACUGUUUGCAAUGGCUACAGUAUGCAACAGAACACAUCGACGGCCAGAUCUUGCUUAUUCGCGAGUUCAUGGACGCACUACAACCUCCCGCGGACUCUCCGUACGCGAUCAAUCCGCAUGCGGUCAUUACGCCAGAACAGAUGCAACAGCUUGCGAAUGUGAAACGAGACGUCGUCGAUACCAUUCGCCAGGUUGUCGAUGUUGUGUCAAAGUAUGCUGGUGGUGCACUCCCUGAACCUGCGCGUAAUCGCGUACGCGGUUUCAUACUGCACCUUCCGUCUGCGUGGGCGAGUGCAGCUCGGCGACAGGAGCACGUACAACCGCCUGUUCCUGUCGUUGCUUCAGGCUCCGCAACUGCUGCUCGUGGGCGUGGACAACGGCGGUCGGCACGCCGCGCCGAACCCAUAUCUCGUCCUGGAUCGCCUACUGGCCUGACCAGCCGUGGGCAUUCACGCCAGAGCAGCGGAGCAGCUCCUAUCGCUGCUGCAGGUACUACACCUGGUGGCGCUCAGGCGGCCGCACAACGCAUCCUGACCCUCGCGACCGAGAGUUUAGACAUGAUGCGGGGUGUGACUGGCGUGGUGAAGGAUUCGCUUGAUCGCGCCGACGCGUGGGUCGAGCGGCUGCGCGUAGUGGGAAUCCAGCGUGGCCAAGAGCAGAUCGAGGACGAGGGGACGAACGGACGUCCACCACCUUUGGGUCUCGAUCUUUCAGCGCACCGCAUUCCAGUUGGGGCGGGUGGACACUCGGCGGCAACAAGUGUAGCAAACUCACCUACGAUUUCGUCUGCCGCCCUGAGUCCAUUGCUACACCCGCACCCGCAUGCGGACCAUUACUUCGAGGGUCCCAGCAGCUUCAGUAAUCUCAGUCUUUCUGGGACGACUGCGGCGGGCGGAUCGGGUACCGUCACGCCCACCACGACCGUGGGUUUGGGCAAGAAGGGUCUGUUUGUAGAUGGCGAUGCGCCGCCACUAUCUGCUCCUCCAAGCCGUCGCGGAAGCGCUGGACACUCCGAGACGCCUGUAGCUGUCAUGGAUGUCGAUCGCCCUUGA